CAUUCACGCUCUCUCUCUUUCCUUCAAAAAUAAACAUAAAAAAAAUUUUAAAAAAGAGAAAGAAAUAUGACCCAACAGGUAAAUAUAAUUAAGCUCUUUUAAAGAAUUAUGAAACAAAGGUUCAGGAAGGUUGAGUAAGUUAAUCAGGUACAAUACAGGUAAGAGGCAAGUCAGAGAUUCCAACUCAUUUCUGUCUCCCUAUCAGGCACCUCAUAUCAUCCCAACCCCCAGCUCUUCCACCCAGGACUUCUCCAGGCAGACUUGGGUAGUUUCCCUGUGUUCCACGCUGCCUUUUAAUUGUCUGGGAUACACAGGGUCGUGUUCCUAAUUAGAUCAAGAGCACUUUGAGGAAGAAAACCAUUUCCCACUCACAAUUUUAUCUCCAAAGCUUGGCACAUAAGCAAGCAAUCAGCACGUGUGACUUAAAUGAAUGAAGUAUAUGUAUGCUAAUGAAAUGAAUGGAAUAAGAGUGUAUCUUCUUGUUCUUCCAGAAAGGUAAGGGGCAGGGUAGAGAGGAGAGACCCACACUCAGGGGAGUUGUCAUAGUUUAGCUGAUGAUCAGGAGGCAGCCUGGUUGCAGAGCAGUGUAGUCCAAACCUUGAACCUAAGCCAACUGGCACAGUCAAUGUAAACAGGUGGUUCAGGCCAGGUAUAAUAUAAUAAAUGGUCCUCAACUGAUCAUUGCCUUUAGGGAAUUUGGCCAGACAUAUCACUGACAUCUGGUCUAAGGAACUUGAAAUCCUUCUUCCCAUGUCAAUAGCAUCCCAUGUGGUUGGUCUAUAUCUGGGUAGGGCAGGUACACUACUCCCUGAAGUGAACAAGUGCAAAGACAUGGCUCAGUUUCCCAGGAUAGUACUGGGGCAGAGGUUUCUUUAAUUCAAGUAACUUUUGAGAUUGACAGUUCUUAGGGACAGUUUGGAUGAAGUGGGUCUGGAGCAGAGAAUUUAAAUUUCCUCUAUCCCCUAAACUAUUAUACCAGUAAUAAUGACAAUGGUGAUCUUAUCCCCUACAGUCAGCCUUAGGGUGUGGUGGGAUUGUAGGUAUCGGGAGGCCUCCCCGUCCCAUUCCUCUUUGCAGCAUGCUCAGUGAGGAAUACAUUCUCUUGCAUGGGUCUCAGAGUUGGAGAGAAAAGGCAGACACCUGUGGCAGAAGGGAAUCUCUGUCAUAAGGUGUGGCUUCCUUGUCUUGUUCCUGCCUCAUGCUACUUUGUCCCCUGCGAGUCUUUAUGGGCUUACCUGCACAGCGGCACAUAAUCUCAGGCCUGCAUCUCCUCUGGCCAAAGGGGGUACAGGGCCACAAAGGGUGGGGGCGGAAGCCUGGAAGCUGCUGGGUGGCGCAGGUGCAGGCACAGGGCGGUGUCUUUGUUCUUGCACUCAUCCAUCCCCUCCCCCUUCCUCCCCGGAAACCAGUGACUCUGCCACCACCAGUACUGGAGAUGCUGAGCUGUGGGGGCCGGGCCCAGGGAGGGGUGAGAGUGAAGGGGCCUGCAGCGGCUAUCAGGUCGUAAACCAGGCUGACCCUUUGGCACAGGACUUGCAGACUUGGCUCCCACAUCAGCAGUCAUGAGGAGCAGAUGUGACAAUUACACUUCGGAUCAGCUAGUGCCUGGAAUCCCCUCUAUUGCCCAGGCCUGGGGACUAUGGGCCCUCUUAGUGGCGGCGAUGCUGCUGCUUCUCAUCUCACUGGCUGCGCACUUGUUCCGAUGGACUAGUGGCCGAAGCCAGAGCCACCCAGGACAGAGACGCCCUGGAGGGUCUGUGGAAGAGGUCCCUCUGUAUGGGAACCUGCAUUAUCUUCAGACUGGUCGGCUGUCUCAGGAACCAGGGCCAGAUCAGCAGGAUCCAACGCCUAGAGGCCCCAGCACGGCUGCAGAGGAAGUGAUGUGCUAUACCAGCCUGCAGUUGCGGCCUUCUCAGGGCCGUAUCCCCAGCCCUGGAACCCCCAUCAAGUACUCAGAGGUGGUGCUGGAUUCUGAGCCAAAGCCCCAGGCCUCAGGCCCUGAGCCUGAGCUCUACGCCUCAGUAUGUGCCCAGACCCGCAGAGCGCGGACUUCCUUCCCAGACCAGGCUUAUGCCAAUAGCCAGCCUGCACCCAGCUGAGAUGGAGGGCCUGGCAGAGUGGGGCAAGCAUCGCCCCAGCCUCCAUUAGCCUACUGCUACCCUGUCCCUGGAAUGACUGUUUCCCAGCUGCCCCCCACCCCCACCCAAGACAUGCAGCCAUUGCCCAGUCACAGGAGGUAACGUUCCCCAAACUUCCUAUCUGAGCUAUGAGGGAGACAUCUCAGGGGAACAGUAAGUAGGUCCCCAGUUUCUUGGGGAGGGAGGAAACAAAGGCAGUGGCCCCCUCUCCAUCCACCUCCCCCCAUCUAUUACUCUAAGGCCCCAAGCUCCUAGGUUCUCACUUCCUCCUCCUUGUGGAUUUUAACCAGAUUCUCCACUUCCGCUCCUUUAAAGUCUACCCCUAACACUUCAGUGUUCCCUCGGACACAGGAAGUGGGCAGUGGUGGAAAGGGGAACAGCCUGAGAAGACAAGGAUGGGUAUACUCCUCAGGAGCCCAUAGUCUGGAGGGAUCCUGGAAUCUAGUGACCUGAGGAACCCAAGCCUGGCUUCUUAUCUAAGAACACUGGCAGGAGAAUACCAGUCCACAUCCUGCUGCCUCUGUUGUGUCCCCAAGUUUUCAAAUAAAACUUCUACGUCUCAGAAAGUGUUUAGAUUUUUAUCUAGAGGGCUACAGACCUGCAGCAGGCCCCACAUUGUAGGGGUGUGAGCUUUGCUGUCUGCACAGAGCACUUCCGGGGGCACCUAGCUGGGGAAGAUGGACCAAGCUGGGGUCGGUGGCAUCAACAGUGCCAAGGGUGGGUGCUGGGGUGGAGGCAAGAGCCCUGCUCCUCAAGCUGCUGCUAGAACAUUGCCAGGAUGUGCAGUCACCCCACUCCCAUCACCUGGAGCUCACCAGCCCCCAACCUACUCUCCCCAUGGCCUCCAUGACUGCGUUGCCACCAGCCACAACCUCAGGUCUACCACAACCCAUCUUCUUACGGCCUCUGUAGAGGCAAGUGUGGCUUGACAGACCUUUCGGAGGCUUCACGGGUAGAAGACAGUGGAAGCCGAGGCUUCUACUUCUGAAAUUCUC